CUCCAACGUACUGCUGCGCUACUGACGACUCGUAUUUGUUGUCAGAGGUGUGCCACAUCCGUGUGAAGUGGCAUAACCAUGCAGCGACUCGGCGAACUUACUCAAUACGGAAGCUCGGACGAGGGAGAAGCGUCAGAAAGCUCCCCGCCGCCAGCAAAGAGAAGAAAGCUGCCGAGUCUGCCUGAAUCCUUGCGGCCGGGGGUCCCCAUUGACGACCCGGCGCUCCACCAGGGCAGGGUCCGUACCUCUCCUCACGUUGAAGGCCAAUACGCAGCGUAUGUCUACCUCCCUUUGAUCGUGGAACGAAGGUCCCCACUUCACAAGCUACUGUCGAAGGCCUUUGCAUCUGCAAAGAGAGCGGUGCCGUCUUUGCAUUCAAUAGGUCUACCAGAGUUGCCGCAAACGGGCAACAUUCAACCGCAUUCGGUGGAUCAUGAAGACGAUCAUGUUCUGGAUGUCGAGCUUCACAUAUCGCUCACACGACCGGUGUACCUCCGAGCGUAUCAGCGCGAAGACUUGAAGCGUGCGGUCAAAGCGAUCGCGAAGUCGCACCUAGCCUUUCCCGCAUCGCUUGCGUCCUUCUCAGAGCUCACGAAUGAUGAGCGGACCCGCACGUUCCUCGCGGUCGAGAUUGGCGCGGGUCAUGACCAACUGAAAAUUUUGUCGGAUGGUCUCAUCCCCGCGCUACGGUCCCUCAAACAGAAAGAAUUCUAUACUGAGCCCCGCUUUCACGCCUCCUUCGCUUGGGCCCUAUUGCAUGGCACCUACCCUUCUGCCACAACCACGGAAAAUUCAACAUCUCCGUCUGCAGCGGCGACACCAUCUCCCGGGCCACUUUCUGCAUCCAUGUCAACGGAUCCGACGCAUCCUGAGUCUAACAGCGGAAAGACCGCAGCAGAAUCGAGCCCCAACAUAUUCCCAACUAUUCCUCGCUUCCCACCAUCGUUGGUACAUUCCCUGAACGACGAGUUCGGCGAGAUGUUGCGGGCGCGGCAUGUGGGGACGUUCGAUGCUCGCGAGGUCCAUGUCAAGAUCGGAAAGGACGUCUUCAAAUGGACCUUGUCCGGAGAGUAGGAAACAUCAUGACCAGUGCAGGCUUCAGAGGAUCCACUGCCGUGAAGCCGUCUGUGCGCUUGCUUGGCCGAUGUCAAUAACCGGAACGGGGCGGCCGCAGAGGGACGCGAGGAUCUGACUGCCGAUUGACCGGGGGAUCUCACCAUGUACCUGCCCGGCGGCAUGUCAACGUUUUAUCUUCUCGCCUGCCCAACUGUCUAUCCAAUUAACUUACUCGCCUUCGGCUGAGCCCAGCGGUCGGCUGUGGAUCUAUGUUUCGUCAUCGAAGCUAAGACGAUUUCUACUGGGCUACCCUACCUGUUCCAUGCCUUUCAGCAUUGUGUAAUCCCGUUACUUCGCCUCUGGAAUUACGAGACACUCGAGACACGCUGUGCAGCUGCGCUAUCUUUCGUUCCUAGAUGAUCUACAUCGCCGAGAA